CCCCGCAAAACAAGCCUCGGUAUCCCACCAUCAUAAACAAAACCGCACUUUUCGCGUCAUGAAGCACUUCGCCAUCACACUCGUCCUAGCGACCCUCGCUCUCGCCAGUCCCGCACCCAUCGCCGAACCCGAAGCGGCACCCGCAGCAGCUCCGGUUGCACAACCCGAAGCCCAACGCAUCACUCCAGAAGCAGCGAUUGUGCUAGAGCCCCGCGUCCCCAAAAAGAAGAAGGGCCACGGCGGAGGCUCCGAAGAAGGCAACGGCACCGAUUCGAGCGCUGCUAGCAUGUUCUCUGCGAGUCGCGCGGUGCAGCUGGGAGCAGUUGGCUUGGGGGUUGUUGAAGUUGUCAGAUUGUGGGGUUAGGAGAUGUGACGGUCGGACCGAAGCGGAGCUGUUUUGUUGGCAUCGCCUCGCGGACAGCUGGGAAUUAAGGUCGCUAAUGGUGACGGUUAUAUACCGAGAAUAAGUCAAUGAAUUACGAGGCUUUUGUGCAAGGCGGGAACGCAAAGUUCCUUUUAUAAAGGGCGAAUGUGUACGAGCCGACUGGAUUUUCUCCUCACAUUAAGAAUAUUGUUUACAUAUGUUUACAAACUUCCAUUGUUAUAGACUAGCAUUAGAGUUAAAUGCAAUAAGUGUUAAUAAGUUAUUAAGGUUCUUAGAGGCAGCUAUAGACUACAUGCAGAGUUUUAUAGGAAUAGCUUAGCAUCUACUUUAGGCCUAG